AAUCCACUGCAAAGAUGGGGGCUUAUUUCUGUGUUGCACUUAGUGCUACAAUCAAAUGUAGACUGAAAACAAGGACAAGUUGUUGUCAGCGUUAAGUGACAGACGGAUUAGCCCAGGCUUUGUUACACUUUGUUAUGGAUAAUGAGGUUGAUGUCUUUUAUCAGGAGCUGCCAAAAGUGGAGCUUCAUGCUCACCUCAACGGCUCCGUCAGCUCCCAGACCAUCGAGAAACUCAUCAGCCGAAAACCGCAUCUCAACAUUGAACACGGCAUGACUGCUAUCGGAAAAGGCCAGCGGAGGACUCUGGAUGAGUGUUUUCAGGUCUUCAAGGUCAUCCAUCAGCUGGUGGACACAGAGGAGGACAUCCUGAUGGUGGCGAUAGAUGUUAUUAAGGAGUUUGCAGCUGAUGGUGUCAAAUAUUUAGAGCUAAGGAGUACACCAAGGGAGGAGAAAACCACAGGAUUGACAAAAAGGAGCUAUAUUGAAACUGUCAUCAAAGCCAUCCAACAGUGUAGAAGUGAAGGAGUGGACAUCGAUGUCAGGUUUCUGGUAGCCAUUGACCGCAGGAAUGGGCCUGAAGUUGCCAUGGAGACGGUGAAGCUUGCUGAGGAGUUCAUGUUGUCUUCUGAUGGUUUGGUGUUGGGACUCGACCUCAGUGGAGAUCCAACGGUCGGCCAUGGCAGAGACCUGCUUCCUGCUCUACAGAGGGCCAAGAACUGUGGCCUGAAGUUGUCACUGCACCUCUCAGAAGUACCGUCGCAGCUGGAGGAGUCAGAGUUGCUGCUCAAUCUUCCUCCGGACAGAAUCGGUCACGGCACCUUCUUGCAUCCUGAAGUGGGUGGAUCUCAAAGUGUUGUUGACAAAGUGGUGGAGAACAAGAUACCUCUGGAGCUUUGCCUGACAUCAAACGUCAAAGGACAAACUGUACCUUGUUACUCCAAACAUCAUUUCAAGUACUGGUACCAGAUGGGACAUCCGAGCGUCAUUUGUACCGAUGAUAAAGGUGUCUUCAGUACAGACUUGUCUCAGGAAUAUCAGCUGGCAGCUUCUACGUUUGGACUCAGUCGUGAAGAUGUAUGGAAAAUCUCCCAGCAGGCCAUAGACUGUAUCUUCGCACCAGACAACGUGAAACAGCAGCUUAAACAGAAGUGGAUCGACUUACAGCCUCAAGUGUUCAAGUGAACCAUUCAGUGUGUCCAACAGCCAAUCAUAUACCUCGAAUAUCACUUUACAAAACUUUUCCAUUAACCUUUUACAGGUCUUUGUAGUAACCAUGACAACUAAAAAGGGAACCCUGAACAUGUUUGAAAUAAGUGAAAGUAAAUGAUACCUAUUUAUUACAA